AUGUUUCUUGAAUCUGUGAUUAGGUUCUCUCAGUUAAUCGGAGAGUCCGUCAUUAUCUCCACCGUCGUCGUCUUCUCUCUACGUCUCUUCCUUAGACUCGCUUGUUUCCUCGCCAGCCGUCCGUGGCGUCGCUACCGUACAUUCACCAUUCGCCGCCGCUGGAGAUGGGGGAAGAGAACGGCGGAGGAAGACGAUUCGUCGUCACCGUACUGUUCUAUUUGUCUUCAAGAUACGGCGGAGGGAGAGAAGAUGAGGCGGUUAACGGCGUGCAGUCACUGUUUCCACGCCGAUUGCAUCGAUCCUUGGCUGGAGAAAAGGUCCACGUGUCCUCUUUGUAGAGCUCAGGUCCCGCCGGUGCCGCAGGGAAAUCCUCUGCUUGCGUUGAUUGUUCCUCCCGGCGUGAUUGAGUUAUUCACUAAAGGAGCCUUCGCCUCCGAUGCGUAG